GAAGUUGACAGCCUUGACUUAAGUUACAGUUUUUGAAAAACAGGUUGAAGCUGUCAAUUCAAAGAAGCAAAACUAUAUUUUCAAAUAUUAUAAACCAUGUGGAGCCACAUAUGGCUGCAAGUCUUCCUCACAUUUAUUACAAUAGUAUAAAUAUUUCCUUACCUUUAUUAAUUUGUCUGUUUUUUCCUGUGUUUCAGACAUUAAAACUGCUUUUGUGACAUAAUUUCAAGAGAAAAAAACAUGGCUGAAUCCAUACAUAUUGAUGUUAAAAUUGAUGAUAUCGGUAGCGACAAGACACAUGGCGCCGCAGAUCGCUUCAAUCAAAAGGUUUAUAAACUAGAAAGAUUGUUCCUGAUUUCCAAUUUCAUCUUAGAACUUCCAUCAGCGGCUUUCGAUCAACUAUCUUCUGUACAUAAGCCUCAGUAUGCACUAUUUAGCAUGAUAAUGUCUUUCACAAUCUUGAUCAUUUCUAUAAUUGAUCUUGUAUACAAGAUUCAAAAUGAAGGAGUAACUUGGAUGAUGAAAGGGUGGUUACCCUGGUUUUAUUAUCCAUAUCCUAAUCUCAAGCGAUUUGGAAGAUUUCCGGACAUUGUAGGAUUCGUUUGUGCAAUCUUUCAAUGCAUUUUCGCUUCACUUUCGUAUGUUUUAGUGUACCAGCAUAUCGAUAAUCCAAUCAAAAUAUCCGUUUGGCCUAUGGUCUUUGCUUUUGCCUUGCUAUAUUCAAGGUUUUCAGGAAAUCAAAAAUCAACUCCGAAGGUAAGGAGAUUGACUAGAGCCACAGAAUUCAGUUUCGCAGAGCUUGCUGUCGCAACUGAUAAUUUUUCGAUACGAAACAAGGUUGGUGACGGAACUUUUAGCAUUGUUUAUAGGGGGAAACUAGUAAAUGGCAGUGAAAUAGUGGUACAAAGAGGGGAGAAAGGUCAUGAAGAGAAUUUUGAUUCUGAAAUCGAAUUCCUGUCGAGGCUUCAUCAUAAACAUCUAGUUAGACUAAUUGGAUUCUAUGAAGAUGAAAAUGAGAGACUAUUAGUCUAUGAGUACAUGAAAAACGGAGAGCUAUCGCGGCAUUUACACGACAAGAAAUUCAAUGAAAUGAACAAUAGUAUGAUAAAUUCAUGGAAAAUGAGAAUCAAGAUUGCUUUAGAUGCAGUUAGAGGAAUCGAUUAUCUUCACAACUACGCAGUCCCGCCAGUAAUUCACAGAGGCAUUAAAUCUUCCAACAUUUUGCUCGAUUCGAAUUGGACUGCAAGAGUUGCAGAGUUUGCAUUUUCUACUCCUCAAUCAGAAAAUGGUUACAAGUCCAUAAACGCGGCUGGUGCAGUUGGAUACGUUGAUCCUGAGUACUCUACUCGAAAAGUGUUAACUGCAAAGAGUGAUGUGUAUAGUUUCGGUGUCGUUUUGUUAGAGCUUUUGACAGGGAAGAAAGCUAUGUUCAUUGAUGUUGAUGGAGGAAUAGCAAGAAGUGUAGUGGAUUUUGCAGUGCCGAAAAUUGUAUCAGGUGAGAUUGUUAAGGUUUUAGAUCCUAGAGUUACUCCGCCGGAGCAUAAUGAAGCGGAGGCAGUUGAGCUGGUGGCAGAAACUGCGGCUCAUUGUGUUAAUUUGGAUGCCAGGGAGAGGCCAAAUAUAGCUGAUGUUGUAGCUAACCUGGAAAGAAGUUUGUCUCUCUGUUAUGCAGAGAACAAAGGGUCGUUUUUCGCCCUUAAUUUAUCUAAAAAGAUAAAAAAAGUCUAUCCUAGUGAUUUCAAACAAAAAAAUCCAAAACUUGUUAGAGUUGAUUCAAUUUAAACCAUAUUGUGGAAUUUGUGUUUGAAGUGGACGAUACAGGCAUCGGAAUGCCGAAAGACGAGCUAAUAACGGGAAAGUAUUCUGUAACCGAUAACACGCAGCUGACUGAUAGAGUUUGUACUCCUAGCCUGACCAGCUGUUCGAACAGUCCCCGAUUGUCUAAGCUAGGUUCUACUCUCAAGAUUGGCGGAUCACCUGCCGUUUCCCUUGAUUCAGAAAACAGAAAGACUUGGAAUUAUGCAGAAAUUUGUUGAAAUCUUGGGGAUAAAAGCAUUGGUUGUGACCAAAUGGCAACACCUUUCGUCUAUGCUGACGAAAAUUAAAUGUAAGCAAGCUGUUUCGCCUUACAGUUCUUCACGAAAUCUUGCACAAGCCCUUGCAAGGUUCUCGUUUGUAUCAUGUUAUCCGUUGAGUGGGCUGAGUUUUUUAGUUGCUAAAGAUAGUAGAUAGGUGAGGAGGGUGGCUGAGCAAAAUCUCUCUCGUCUCGGUGCAUCUGUUAUGGUUUGUGAGAAUGGAGAUAUGGCUGUCGAACUAGUUCGUAGCGGUCUAGAUCAAAGGAAACAUGGAGUGCCUCUUUAUGACUGUAUUUUAUUGGACUGUGAGGCGUCUAAUUAGUACAUCUGAUAGCUAUAACUCGAGCAACUCAUCUCAAUUUAUGUAGAAGUUGCAAGCUACUGUGAGUGCAGUGUAGUUUAGUCUGGAUCAAGAAGUGAUCAUUAUUUUCUUGAAAACUGCCAGACUCAUAGCUUUGGCUCGAUAUUUAAAAUAUUAAAAUUUCAAUUUGGUUCAA